AUGCGAAAAGAAGGUUUCAGAAAGACCAUGUUCCCUUGUUCUCGAUGUCUGAGGCAAGAUAUCACAUGUGAGCCACGGUUGAGCAAGCGAGGACCAGGCCGGUCUGCCACGGUCUCGCGUGGGAGACAGCGGCCAUCAAAACGCAAUAACGCAACAGAUCGCGCUGGGAUGAGCAACACACCGGCUGUAAAUGAUGACCAAGACGACUAUCUCAGGUUCGAACAAUGGGGCAAUUGUUUCACCGAACCGCUCUCUGGUCCAUCCAAUCUUGGUGGAGCUCCAUUCUCUGCUCCCAAUGCCGCAACGAAUGACUGUUGGGAUUUUUGUCUGGCACCAACAUCACACGACGCGUCUUUUGACAUAAUGAACAUGCAAGACUUGGAUGCAAAUAAUGGCACACAACAUAUCGGGGAUCUGUUCAGCACCGAUCUAACAUCCGGAUCUCAUUCAUUGUGUUCACAAUUGCUUAACCCUCCAGCAAUUCUCAACGAUAUCCAACUGGAUUUAGCCAGCGAGGCUGCGCCGCACUCUGCAUUGCGUGUUGUAGAUAAAUUCGCUACAGGCCAAACUCUGUUACUCGACGCGUGGCCUAUCUUUGAGUGCAAUCCUGUUGUGGAUACUGCUUCAUGUCCGACAACUGCGCCAGGUCAUCUGCGCAACCUCUAUGAUGCAUUGAGUGGCCAGUGUAUUUCCUGCAACACAAAGUCACAAGAAGCGGCGAAGAUCGAGCCUUUCGUCUUUGGCACGCGAGACAAAUUGAUUGCGACUGUGCAACGCUUCUCUGACAAGGCGCAGCGAAUUCAUGGCUUGCUGUCCGAACAGCAUUCGAAGGCGAUAGCGACUCAGCUUUCUUUCAUUCUUCCUGCUCCCCCUGUGCUAGAUUCGCUGCUGUCAGCAUGCCACAGGUUAUACGAGCUACACUAUCCUUUUCUCUCCGCUGUGGCUAUGAAAACGAACGAGCUUCUCAAUAAAGAAGUUGACCCGGUCAUCACUAGCUUGAAACUGCUUCUCAUGAUGUCUGCUGGUGCAAUGACUCCAGCGGCUAGUGAUAACCAUCGAAUUGCACAGGGUCUUUUGGAAAUCAGUCGAGUGUUUCUGAAUCAUAUCGUCGAUGAAGACGUCAGGGUUGUCUCCAAUCCAGAUCUAUUACAAUGCGCUCUUGGAUUCAACAUUGUUGCUGCCUGGAGUGGUGACAAAUGGCAAAUGGAUAUGAUUCGCAGAUCUAAGUUGUUCGAAAAGUGUUCGCCGAACAUUGCAACACCGCUGGCAGACCUGACAAGGGUGUGGCAAGCAUGGCAAGACCAAGAAUCUCACAACCGCACGGCAUAUACGUGGGUCAUCCUCGAUCAAGAGAUGUGUCUCUUCCAAGAUUCGACCUCAACUUUGUUCACUUCAGUGACAAGCUUUAAUACUCCUGUUCCCAACUCUGAUCAAUUAUGGCAUGCAACUUCUGCCGAGCAAUGGGCUCAUGAUGUCGGUUACGAUGGAAGUGGUACAGUAACUUUCCCACGAUCUUUGGACGAAUACAUCAGGGCUCUUCGUGAAGAAAAGACGACAAUUGAUCUAUCCAAGCUGACACCAAUUACCCUACGCCUGAUGUUGUGUCACCUGCAAAAAGUCGUGUCUCGAGUCCGCGCGUUGAUCGCUGACAUGACUGACGAUGAAGGUACGUCUAGAGCCGCUCAUCGCCAAACAGCCAUGGUUCUGACAUCAGUGCACAUGGAUGAAGCACGGGAUAUGCUCCGAAGAUGGUACGAUCUGGCAAAUGGUGGAUGUACGGACACCAGAACCCCUGCCAUGGGGGCCAACAUGAUCCUCUAUCAUCUUCUCUCAUUGAACACACUUGCCAACUUCCCCGAGAUCGAGCGCAUUGCUCGCAGUGACAGGACUGAUCCUUUAAAGAAGCCGGCUCACUGGGUACGAUCUUAUCACUUCGAAGAUUGCCCUCGCAUCUUCUUCCAUUGCCGACAGAUCUUGCGUACGAUCCGAUACAUGGAGGAACACACCAGACCUCCUUGGUGGGCUGGUGCUGUCUAUCGAGUUGCGUUGAUUGCCUGGAUGAAUAGUAUGGUGGUUGCGGACACCGGUGCAGGAGCAGACAACCAUGGAAGCAACCAGUCAACAACAACAGUCCUCGACGACCUGGCAGCGGACCAUCCGCUUAUCGAGGCAUAUCUUGACAGGCAUCAGGGCAUUCCAGUCUUUUCGCAAAUCGAAGGUGGAUAUAUGGCCUUGGAUGUCCCUAGUAAUGUUCUGGUGCAUUGUGCAAAUCUUCUAGGCGUUGAUCCUCUGCUAGCCUUCGUCAAAGGAGUCCGUCUCAAACUGCUAAAGCUCGUCACGCGGUGGCAGUGA